AUGCUCGCACCUCCCACCUCGAAGUCCACCGUGCUCUCCCCGGCGCAGACCCUCGUCGACGGCCGGGUUCCGCAAAAGUACUCGCCUGCGCGGCGGUAUGUGCUUCUGCUCAUCUUCUGCCUCGCGCAGUUCCUCGAUGCCUUCAACAACUCGGCACUCUUUUCUGCUAUCCCCUCGUUGGUUAUCUCGCUAGGGAUGUCUGAGGCGGAAUCGACAUGGAUCAUCAGCGCGUUCCAGCUGACAUUUGCAUCGUUCCUGCUUAUCAGCGGGCGGAUUAGUGAUGUCUACAACCCAAAAUUCGCGUUCAUCGGUGGUGUUGCCGUCCUGGGCAUCCUCUCUAUCGGCGCCGGCUUCGUAACGAACAAGAUUCCGCUCAUCGUUCUUCGCGCGCUAAGCGGUAUCGCCGCAUCCAUGACCAUCCCGUCCGCAUUGACGCUCCUCGUCAAUGUCUUCAUAGAGCCAAACGAGCAAGCGCGCGCCAUCGGUGUUUUCGGAGGUUGCGGAGCGGUCGGCAACGUGCUCGGAUUGAUUAUUGGUGCCAUUUUCGUCCAAUUCGCGUCCUGGUCAUGGGUGUUCUGGUUUGUCGCGCUCGUUGCGCUGCCAAUCGCCGCCAUCUGUGUCUUCCUCAUCCCGACACAAGAGCCGCACCUAGAGAUUGGUGGCCAGACGGACGCUCGCUGGAAGAGCCUGGAUAUGGGAGGGGUCUCUAUUCUGACUGCGGCACUCAUCUUGUUCAUCUUCGCGAUCACGUCCGGAACGACAUCCGGAUGGGGGUCUGCGACGGUGCUCGCGCCGCUCAUUAUCUCCGUGUUCAUGGUUGUGGCGUUCUUCUACUACGAGACGACGCUCCCGGUGGACAAGGCGGCGAUCCCCCCACGCACGUGGUUCCUUCCCAACUUCUCGGUUCUGUUCGGCACCGCGCUGCUUCCGUACUUCUGGUGGACGACCGUCUUCACACUGUACACGACGCUCUGGCAAGACGUUUGGCACUGGAGCGUCAUCUCCACUGCUAUCCACAUGCUGCCCAUCGGUGUGCUUGCAUUCUCAAUGAGCUUCACUGGUUCGCUGUCGCGUGUCAUCAACCCGAAAUGGAUCAUCCUCACCGGCGAGGGCAUGUGCAUCAUCGCGACAAUCCUUCUCGCGUUUGCGGAUGGCCCCGAGCGCUACUGGCCAUUCAUCUUCCCCGCGUUCGUACUCGGCUCCGCGGGGGCCAUGCUCACCUACACGCACACUAACAUUGCGAUCUUCCGCACCAGUCCGACGUCAAUGGCCGGAACGGUGGGCGCGAUCUUCAACGGCGCGCUGCAGCUUGGGUCAGCCAUCGGCAUUUCGGCGGUCGGCUCAAUCGAGACGAGCGUCGAGGCGCGGAACGGGGGCUCGGAGUCGUACGCCGGGCGCGCCGCGGCGUUCUGGUUCCUCCUCGCGAUCGUGGGCAUCGAGUUCCUUGCGCUGCUCGUGUUCUACCGGCGCAGCAAGGAGGGCACCGCCGAGGAGCUCGAGGGUGAAGGAAAGACGCUUGAAAAGACCAUCGAGGACGAGAAGAUGGUGAUGGAGAAGCAGAGCGUCGACCUGCCGGAGCUGCGGCUCACGAGCAGCGCGCAGGAUAUAGAGCGCGAGGAGCACACGACCGUCUCGGAGCGGCCUGUCAACGUGGGCACGGACUUGAACGUCUAGAUUUUUCUCAUUGGUGUGUUCGUAUAGUUUUGUUUUUUUCGCUUGGUCUUCUCUGGUUCCCUUCGUCGCUGCAUACACAUAGACCGCAUUUACAUUAGACAGACUCAUGUAUCGAUAGUUGAACUCAUUCCGUUUACGAGCAUUCUGAUGACCACAACGAUGGCUAAUCAUAUAUCAUAUACUACU